UUGGAAAAGCCUCAGCUUCCCACUCUGUUCUUGCAGCAGAAAGCUCUGGAGGUUGACUCCCGUAAUAUGAUGUUUGCCUGGGUUCAACACAGGAUGUCCCAUGCUAUUCUGCUGCUUUGUAUGGCCUUGUGUCAAAGAGGCAAGAAAGUGUACAUUUGCAGUGCAUGAGAGCAGUGCACGUUGCCCAGACCCUCGCAGGGCCUCCAAACCUGUUGCAAUUGUCACAUACUUUUGCGGCAAGACUUUGUAGGAUUUCACGCCUGCGGAUGACAGUGUCUACUACCAAGUUGAUUAAACGUGUUUUGCAGGAACCAGUGGCAACCAGUGGCCUUCAAGGGUUGUUCCUUUGCAAGCAGCUGCUGGGAAGCCACGACUUGAGAGUGGCACUUGAUUUGCAGAUUCCUUGGCCCCCUAUGUUCUUGCAGCAAAAAGCUUUGGGGAUUGACUCCCGUAAUCUGAUAUUUUCAUGGGUUCAACGCAGGAUGUCCCAUGCUAUUCUGCUGCUUUGUACGGCCUUGUGUCAAAGACGCACGAAAGUGUAUAUUUGCAGUGCAUGAGAGCAGUGCACGUUGCGCAAACAAUUGCUGGGCCUCCAAACCUGUUGCAAUUGUCACAUACUUUUGUGGCAAGACUUUGUAGGAUUUCACGCCUGCAGAUGACAGUGUCUACUGCCAAGUUGAUUAAACGUGUUUUGCAGGAACCAGUGGCCUUCAAGGGUUGUUCCUUUGCAAGCAGCUGCUGGGACAUGACGAGAUAUGACAGACCUGCCAGAUACACCUUUUACCCAUACCAACAGCUCUUGGGGUUCCUUCACAUCCACGCGGACAAACUUUUUAUCGAGGAACAAAUCUCGCGAGAGUGCUUGCAUUGUCCAGACGCUGCAUGCAGUGUGGUAUGCUCUGCCUUUGGAGAGGUAUUGCUUGAGGGGCACCCAAAAAAAGAAUCUAGGGAUGUAGAGUAAACCGCGUUAUGCUAUGCGUCUUUUGGAGUUGAAGUCUUAGCAGUGGAGCGGCUGCUCUUGAAUUUGAAGCGCAACUUCCUUUCAUUUGAUUGGGAAGGAUGUGGCAAAAUAGAGAGUCAACAGAUUGUUCCUCUCUUGAUUUUUUCCGCUUCAGUUCGUUUGAGACAUGAUGUCCACAGAUCCCUUCCUGGUUGUGCUGAAGUCCAGUUGCGAUUGUGUCAGAGACAUUGCAGUGUCAGCGAAGCCCGCCUCCUUGAUGCUCUCCAGCUGGGGGACCACGGAUUGGCAUGCCCACUCUCCAACUCUUUUGUUGGGAGGGCAUCAAAAGAUGUUCACCUUAAUGUUUCAAUCUGGGUCAUCAAGGAGUGCACAAACUCCAGAGAGGUAAGAGCGACUUGGUGCAGUCUUUCUGGCUACCAUUAAUCAGAGAAGGCAAGUUUUUUGAAAAAAGGAAUGAAAGGAGUGCUGUAAGCUUAAGCUGGAGAUGGA